CUUCCAACACAGGCUGCAUUUUUCUUUGCACAUGAAAAUAUAAAGUUUAAUCAAAUUUGCAACAAUGCCGCUGGAUCAGGUGAUAUCAGAGCUUGUGGGCAGCAAUUGCCUCAGUGUGGUGUUGGUGAAAUCGUUGGACUUGUUCAAGCCGGGCACAAUCUCCAGCGACAACGAGAAUGAGGAGGUCAUCAAAAAUAUUGAGAUUAGUACCAGUGCAAUAUUCUGGAUCGAGAAAAACACCCAGCACCGCAUCGUAUUGGGAGAAUACUUCAAUAUUGAGAAUGUUAAUGAGACCAAAGUACUCAUAGACUGCAUUUUUCUCAAACUGAUGCUUUGCGAAGUGAAUUUAGAGCGUCUGAUGAAACAAGCGGUAAGGGUGGGGAUCAAGUGUUUGCGCAUUAACCUGGUGGCCAACAAGCCCUUUUCUCUGCACUGCAGCAACUGUGCCAUAGAACUGAGUCAGAUGCGAGCAUACCGUCUCGUUGCUCCGCUGCCCGGACUCAACAUGAGAUUGCCACGCGACAUCUGGGAUAGCUUGGAGGUUAAGAACAUUGCACACUUCGACCAGAUUUACUACGGCCCCAAUCAGAUUGUGAUGUCUGCCAAUCACAUAAAAUUCGACACUAAAAUGAUCUACUGCCCUAGGCGUCGUCGCGUAGAGUGCCCCGGUUGCUCCAGGGUGUUGGGCACUUUCCUAUCGAAGGCCGUGUGCCUCCAUGCGGAUGCCCUGCGCAUGGGUACUCGAGUGUCCCCUGCAGCUCCACUGGACUUCAACGAGCUUCUUGGCCACAUCACGCCCACACAGCUGAUGUUGCGACUGUUGAAACAUGUCUACAAAUCACGCCUGUUUCUGAAGACUGUGCGCCCCGAUGGCCAGAUUCAUUACCUUCUCCUGAUGACGGAAUUGAAGAAAUUAACGUUUCUGCGCUCGAAACUAUCGCUUUCUAGUAAGCUCGAUCCGACACCAGUGAAUUUCCCGGAUGGGGACACCAGUAGCGAGUACGAAGACAGUACGGAGAGCAGCAGCGAUGAUAGUAUAAUGAGCAGCAGCUCUACCUCCAUUGAUAAAGAUUCACCGAAUACCGUGGAUCUCACCAGCUCCACGCCCCGAACACCACGGAAGAUGUUUGAGAAUAAUAUCACAAAUAAGCCCAUUAACUAUGUGUAUCUGACUCCUUAUAAUGGCUGCCGUGUUGAAUAUAUCUUCGCCAGCAAUGAUUCAGAGCUACGCGAUAUUCAUAGCACCGUCGACAACUGGCGCGACAAUAAUAUGCGCUCCCUGCGUAUCUCUUACUCGAUGAUGAUCGACCUGGUCAGCGAACUGAAUGCCAACGCACACAUUGAGGCCGCACUGCAGAAUUUGAUGCCGCCCUUCCGCUCCCAAGAGCAGCGCAGCAGUCACAUAAUAUUCGAGACCGACGAGGAGUUCUAUGCCACACAGCAGAAACUGGAUGAGGUCCGAGUCCAACCCACUCCGGAUGAGAAUUCUGAAAUCAUCGAAAUAAUAGAUUCUGAUUAAUAAUCUCAUAAUAAGAUUGCUUUUCAAUAUAAAAGGCUCAUAUUUAGUGAGCAUUUAUUUCUAAAUCACAAAAUAAAUAAUAUGGAAAAGUUUCAGACACUAUA